AUGCUCUUGCCAUUCAGCGGAGAAGGAGAUACAUUAUUGAGACUAGAAGAUAUCAUAAACAAUGAAGAACAGGUUUACACAGAACCAGGAUCACCGAAAGAAGUUGUUGCUGCACAUACGACUCUGGUUGCUUCUCUUCUCAUAGCCUUCCUUCAUGCUUUGCUUAAGACCAUUUUUAUAUGUCAAGAACUCUCUCAGACCAUGGACAAGAUGGGGAAAGCAAACGAAGCAGUGAAAGUUGCUCCUGGACAUUUCCUCAACCAUCUAAUACCCUAA